UCCCCGAACACGAUCCGGAAGACGCGCCUGAGCAGCUUUUGGCAAGGCACACAGGAUGUUGAGGACGCUCCGGCGCACCCAGGGACGUCGCUGGCCACCAUUCAAGCGAGCCCGCCCGACUCGAUCGCAGGGGGCGAGGCACAGGAGGCCCCGGCCGCCCCGCCACCGCCCUCGGCGACCAUCCAGGAAGAUCAAAAGCCCGACGUGGGUGCGCGCCCGACCGCCGCCACCGUGCAGGCUGCGCCGAGACCUGUCCCGAACGGCGUGCUCCCGCCGGCGACCGCGCCCGUGCGCAGGUCAGACGAGCCGCCCGAAGAGGACUACUUUGGGGUGAUUGAGUCGUCGCGCAUCCUCAGUGGGGUGCCGAGCUCCGCGCACACGCUCUCAGGGACGGCGGGGAGCAGCGACCACCAGUCGUCGUCGAGCGCAGGCGUGUCCCGCCCGCUGACGGACAUUUCACGGCAGUCGAGCGCGCCGCCGUUUGACACGGACCCGCUGACGGUGCCGGCGCUGCCGCGGCGGAUCUGCCUCGCACGCCAGACGAGCGCCCCGCUGCCGACAGCGCCGAUUUAUGAACGACGGUUGCGCGCCGCAAGGCCUCCCGGGGAGAGCGUGGUGAGUAACCUCGCGGGCCGCGCGGCGAAGGAGGAGCAGAUGUUUCUGGAGCUAGGCUACCUGGCGCCACCGAACCCGCCGACCGAGCUCGAGCGACGGAGGGCGCUGUACAAGUAUAACAUAUGGAACACGGGGCGCGACCCAAACUUCGACCGGAUCGCUCACCUCGUGAAGCUGGUGUUCAAUACGCGAAUCGUCAUCAUUACGCUGAUCGACGGCAAUGAGCAGUUCUGCAAGUCGGAUUCUGGAUUUGACGUGCAGAACAUGGCGAGGACAAGUUCGCUAUGCGCUCAUUCGAUCUUACGGCAAGAUGACGAGCCGAUGGUUGUGCUCGAUGCCUAUGAAGACUGGCGGUUCGCUAAGAAUCCUCUUGUCAUCGGGAACCCGCACGUUCGUUUCUAUGCGGGAUGUCCAUUACGUACCCAUGAUGGACACAACAUCGGAACUCUCGCUCUCAUGGACGACACUCCACGGCGAGAAUUUAGCCCACGUCAAAGGCAUACCCUCAAAGAGUUCGCGCAAAUCGCCAUGCGAGAGCUGGAGCUUUGGAAAGACAAGAUCCAAAUCCGAAUACGGGACCGCAUCCAGAGCUCGAUGGAGCAGUUCACGCGCGAGUGCCUGGAGGUGGACAAGCAGGCGGACGAAGAGACGCCGGAGACGAAGCUCGUCGGACCCACAUCGAUGGAAGAAAUCUACGUUCUCGCAGCGCGACUCGUCAAGCGCACCCUCGACGUUGAGGACGCGAUCAUCAUGGACGUCUCACACGUGGACGUGCUCGAGACCGUCGGUGCAGAGUCAUCGACCUCGCUCACGAUGCACUACGCGGACCCCGCACUAGAGAGCACCGGCCGCAGUCUGCACACCGAGGAGUACCGGAAGCUCGCGGAGUUCUUUGCAAAGCAUCCCGAGGGCAAGAUCUGCGAGGGCGUUGUCCAUCCCAGCCUACGCCCCUUUCUGCCUGCGAGGAUACAAUACGUGCUCGCGGUGCCGAUAUAUAACAUCGACAAGCGGCCGUUCGCACUGCUCUGCGCGUACAGCACCGGCGAGCGGACGACUCCAUUCCUGGAGGGCCACGAGCUCUCGUACCUCCGCGCGAUCGGGGUCAUCAUCCUGUCUGCGGUGCUCAAGCGGCGCAUGAUCCUCGCGGAUAAGGCGAAGAGCUUGUUCAUCUCGAACAUCUCGCAUGAGCUCCGCACACCGCUACACGGGAUUCUCGCAUCGGCUGAGCUCCUCUCGGAGACGUCCCUGAAUCACAGCCAAGCGUCGUUCUUGCAGACCGUGCAGGCGUGCGGGACGUCGCUUGUUGAGACAGUCAACCACGUGUUAGAUUUCACGAAGCUCAGCGGCAACGCAAAGGCGGGCGGCGUAGAGAACGUCAUCCAUCUCAGCAGAGUUAACCUGAUGCAGCUUGUGGAGGAGGCUACGGAGGGCUGUUGGAUAGGCCACCGAGCCCGCAUGUUCACGAGCGAGAUCGGCAGUGUGUACUCACCACCCAAGUCUGAUCGCCAGUCGUCCGUCGCCGUGGUCCCGGCGUCGAACAAGCAUGUCGAGACGGUUAUAGACGUCGGCCACAGUGAAGCUGGGUGGACAUUUAGAUGUGAGAAGGGCGGCAUCCGUCGGAUACUCAUGAACGUCUUCGGGAACAGCCUCAAGUUCACAUCGGACGGUUAUGUGCACGUAAUGUUGAGACAGCUACCACCCACGAGCGACACGCCGCGGGGAAAGGUCAGGAUAGAGUUGUCGGUUAUCGACACAGGCAAGGGUAUCAGCCAACACUUCCUGAAGAACCAACUCUUCCACCCGUUCUCACAAGAGAACCCGCUCCAGACCGGGACGGGUCUCGGCCUCGCCAUUGUGAACAGCAUAGUGCGCUCGCCGAGUGUGGAUGGCAAGGUCGAUGUGUGGAGCGCCGAGGGCGUGGGCACAGAGAUCAAGGUGACGUUCAAUGCGGAGGCGGUGGACAGCCCCAGCGAGCCAACAAGCUUCGCGUCCGAGCUCGCCAAGGUGCUGGAACACGGCCAGCGGCCGACGAUCUCACUACAUGCGUUCGACGAAUCCAUCCGCGGUGUGCAGCUCCUCCGCAAAGUGCUCAAGCAGUACAUCGAGUCCGACUGGGGGUUCACGCUCACGGACGACGACGACGGCGGCGACAUCGUGAUCGUGAACGAGGACCCGACCCCUGUCACGCUCGCGAUCGAGGCGAAGAACGCAGCGCGGCCGUUCAUCAUCCUCUCGUCCGCACGGGGCGACCCGCGCCUCAUGGCGAUCGUGAACGAGUACGAGCACAUCGGCGGCUUCUGCAGGAUCGUGUACAAGCCCGUCGGCCCGUGCCGGCUCGUGUCCGCGCUCAAGCUCUCGCUGCACGCGCUCAACAUCGGCAAGGGCCCGCGCCCGAGCCCGUCGCUGCACCAGGGGCCCGCGCAGCGCCCGGAGUCGCCCUCGCGCUCGUCCUCGUUUGACCUCCCCCAGGGCGGCUUCUUCGCGGGCAAGUACUCGGAGGAGGCGACGGGCGACAGCACGUCCGCGUUCCUGCAGCGCCCGCCGCUCGGGCCGCGCGCGGUGACGGCGCACCCGCUCGCGAGCUGGGCGCACAUGCCGUCGACGGCGGAGCAGGACGAGAGCGAGCUGGAGUCGGCGCCGAACUCGCCGCAGAUAUCGCCGAUGCCGUCGAGCUCGACGAUCUCCGUGGGCAUGGGCGGGACGCUGCUGAAGUCGUCCGUGGGCACCGUCGAGCCGAGUGGGCCGCCGCGGGUGCUGGUAGUCGAGGACAACAGCAUAUUGCGGAACUUGCUGGUGAAAUGGCUCAAAAACAUGGGCUACGAGUACCGCGAGGCUGUGGACGGUCUAGAAGGCGUCCGGACCUUUGAGAACGAGGGCCACUUUGACGUCGUUCUGUUGGAUCUAUCUAUGCCUAUCCUGGACGGCGUGGGCGCGACCUCGCAGAUGCGUGAGAUAGAGUCGCGGCGCCUGAAGGAGCAGGAGGAAGGGAAGGAAGGCACGAACGUGCAGCCCUCGCGAAUUCUCGCGCUGACAGGCAUGUCCUCGCUUGAAGAUAAGCGGAGGGCCUUCGAGGCUGGCGUUGAUGGAUACCUUGUCAAGCCCGUCGCGUUCAAGACGCUCGAUACUAUGUUCCAAAAACUCGGGGUGUCAUGA